CCGCUUUCUAGGUUAGCAAAAUUGGUAAAUGGACGAUACCAAGUCCGGAAACAGUUUUCUUUCGAACCAAGUUACUCUUAUUAUUACGCAUCACUAAUUGCGGGGGAUAUUGCUAGGAUUAGGAGUCCUUUGCGACACCGUGCGAAUUGCGGCAGCACUGAGCUCCAGGCUGAACACCUUACGCAACUCCUUCCAUCGCCGCAACAGCCAACCCCAAGUGUACCACCAACAGCACCAACGAGACCGGAACCACCAGCCUUCUCGUCAACGAAAUAAAUCCGACCCGUACAGACGAAGUUGCUUCGUGCGCAAAUCGACAUCCACUCUUCCAGUUCGCCAGCAACAGUUAUCCAAGAUGCCUCUCGAAGCGGUGAUGAUUGUGGUAGACAACAGCGAGAGCAGCAGAAACGGCGACUACACACCGAACCGAUACGACGCGCAGAGCGAUGCUGUCAAUAUCAUUUUUCAGAAUGUCGUGCAGGGAAACCCAGAAUCGUCAGUCGGUCUGAUGAGCAUGGGUGGCAAGGGUCCCGAGGUGCUGGCCACCCUCACGACGGACCAAGGCAAGAUUCUCGAGGGUCUGCAUCAGACCAAGAAGAAGAUCCGGGGCUCGGCCCACCUUUUAACGGGUAUCCAAAUAGCGAGCCUCGCCCUCAAACAUCGGCAGAACAAGUCGCAGCGGGCGCGCGUCAUCGUUUUCGUGUGCUCCCCCAUUGAGGAGAGCGAGCGCGAGCUCGUCGUUCUGGCCAAGAAGAUGAAGAAGUUUUCCAUUAGCGUCGACUUUGUGCUGUUUGGCGACAUGGACGAGGAGAACCAGUCAAAGUUGGAGGCUUUCAACCGCGAGAUUAAGGGCACGACCGACUCGUCGCACCUCGUCGUUAUCCCCCCCAGCUCCAAGCUUCUCAGCGACCAGCUCAUCUCGACGCCGAUUCUGCUCGGCGAGGGCGCAGCCGCGGGCGCUGGGGGUGUGGGUGGUGAGGCUGGGGCCGCAAGCGAAGACUUCCCAUUCGGCGUCGACCCGUCUGCGGACCCCGAGUUGGCGCUGGCUCUGCGCAUGAGUAUGGAGGAGGAGAAAGCGCGGCAAGAGAAGCGGGCACGUGAGGAGGCCGAAGCGGCGCAAAAGGCCAGCCUAGAGACGGUCAAGGAGGAGGGCGAGUCUGCGCCGCUAUUGGAUAAAGACGGCCAGCCGGGCGGCAGCAAGAAGGACGACGACAAGAUGGAUACCUCGUAAUGCACAUCCAGGGUCGGGUCAGGAACGGGGAAUUGCACAGUAGGGCGGUGACCACGAUGCGUUCCCGUCAUCCCGCGCUUGUAGAAUUAGACAGUUGCUGGCAUUGACUACGGACAGCUCCAUGACCUUAUGCUGUCGGCUCCACAUACGAAACGUAAGAAACAAAACGCCUGAUUACUCCUACCCCUCUCAAUCCCUCCCGUCCUACGCACUUCCCUCGCCGUCUUUCUCCCUCAACACCCAUCCCGCCCACAGCGCACCCAGGUCCUACCUGUUGUUGAUCUCCCGAAUGUACGAGC